AUGGUGGAUCUCCUGCAGAAACUCUUGCCAGAGACCCUGCCACGGGCAUGGUUGUUUCUGUUCCUCUUCUGCCUCAUCGUGUCUAUGCAGUACUGGUUCACCGAAAAGUUCAGUGCAAAAAGACAGCGGCUCCUGCCUUCGCCGCCGGCGCUGCCCAUCAUCGGGCACCUCCACCUCAUCGGUUCCCUCCCCCACAUCUCUCUCAGCGGCCUCGCAAGGAAGCAUGGCCUCGACGUGAUGCUCCUCCGCCUGCAGGGGACCGUGCCCAACCUCGUUGUGUCUUCCUCGCGCACUGCGGAGGCGGUGCUGCACACUCAUGACCACGUCUUCGCGUCACGGCCCUACUCCGUCGUCUCCGACACCAUCAUGUACCGCUCGUCUGACAUCGGCUUCGCGCCAUACGGUGAGUACUGGCGGCAAGCAAGGAAACUCGUCACCACACACAUGCUGAGUGCUAAGAAGGUGCAGUCUUUCCGUGGCACCGCUGCGGAGGAGGUCAGCAUGGCGAUGGCCAAGAUCAACCAGGCAGCAGCUACUGAUGCUGCGGUGGACAUGAGUGAGCUGCUCCACACAUUCGCUAAUGACAUGGCGUGCCGCAUUGUGUCGGGGAAGUUCUUCCUGAAAGAUGGUCAAAGCAAGUUGUUCGGGGAACUCAUCAAGGAUACCUCACGGCUGCUAGGCGGGUUCAAUUUGGAGGAGUACUUUCCGGCAGUGGGUAGGGUAGGAGUGCUCAAGAAGGCGGUUUGUGCCAAGGCCGAAAGAGUGAGGAACAGAUGGGCCGAUCUGCUGGACAAGGUGAUCGACGAUCAUGAGUAUGAUCUCACAAGAGAGCACAUGAAAGCUCUCCUGACCGAUGUAUUUUUUGGUGCAAUAGAUACAUCAGCUAACGCCCUCGAAUUCACCUUGGCUGAGCUCAUGAAGAAGCCACACCUGAUGGUGAAGCUACAAGAUGAGGUGAGGGGUAUUGUACCCCAACGACAAGAAAUUAUCUGUGAAACCGACAUGAACAACAUGACGUACCUAAGAGCAGUCAUAAAAGAGUCACUCCGGUUACAUCCUCUUGCUCCUCUCCUUGCUCCGCACCUUGCCAUGGCUGAGUGCAUCAUCGAUGGAUACAUGGUUCCUGCUGGGAUGCGUGUGGUCGUCAAUGCAUGGGCCAUUGGUAGGGAUCCGAGCUCCUGGGAGUAUGCGGAAGAGUUCAUUCCUGAAAGAUUUACAGAUGAAGGUAGCAGUAUGCAUGUCAACUUCAAGGGUAAUGAUUUCCAGUUCUUGCCGUUCGGAGCAAGGCGGAGGAUGUGCCCUGGUAUGAACCUCGGGGUCGCGAAUGCGGAGCUUAUGUUGGCAGACAUUGUGUGCCAUUUUGACUGGGAACUUCCGCCUGGGGUUGAGAGAAAAGAUAUUGAUAUGACAGAGGUGUUUGGGCUAACCGUCCGUCGGAAGGAGGAACUAUUGUUGAUUCCAAAAUCAUGCAUGUAG